UCAUCCGCUCUCUCCAGGGAUACUGUGUGGCGUGACGCGGUUGAACGAUCACGACAUGCCUGUUUAAAUGUUAAGUGAUGGAGGCAGAUGUCCGCAGACUGUGAUUCACUCUCAAGGAGGAGAGGGGGGGGAGAGAGCGAGAGAGAGAGAGAGAGAGAGAGAGAGAGAGAGAGAGAGAGAGAGAGAGCGCAUUGGUCCAGUCUUUAUUCUCCUCACCAGGCUCCUCCGCUGUCAGAAGCGCACAGGGAGGACGACGGCAUCAUGGAGCGGAUGGAGUCCAUGGAGCCGAUCUCGGCGAACUACACCACGGCUUACCCGGAGAUCCAGCCCGACAGCGGCUACGGCUCCGGAGAGACCGAGAGCCAGGCGAAGACUCCACCAGCCCCGACGUACGACGAGGAGUUAGUGCACAAGACAAUCCUGGUCGGGGACAGUGGAGUGGGAAAGACGUCUCUGUUGGUGCAGUUCGAUCAGGGCAAGUUCAUUCCUGGCUCCUUCUCUGCCACAGUGGGCAUUGGAUUCACGAACAAAGUGGUGACUGUGGACGAUGUAAAGGUCAGACUACAGAUUUGGGACACAGCAGGACAGGAGAGGUUCAGAAGUGUGACACAUGCAUAUUACAGAGAUGCACACGCUUUACUCCUCCUGUAUGACAUCACCAGCAAAUCAUCUUUUGACAACAUCAGGGCAUGGCUAACAGAGAUCCAUGAGUAUGCACAGAACGACGUAGUCAUCAUGUUGCUGGGCAACAAGGCCGACAUGAGCAGCGAGAGAGCGAUCAGGAGAGAUGAAGGAGAGAGGCUGGCCAGGGAGUAUUCAGUUCCCUUUAUGGAGACGAGUGCCAUGACCGGAGUCAACGUAGAGCUGGCCUUCACUGCUGUGUCCAAGGAGCUGAAGCACCGAGCCGUCCAGCACCCCAGUGAACCAAGUUUCCAGAUCCAUGAAUACAUUGAAGCACGGAAGGAGAAGUCAGGCUGCUGCAGCUACUUCUGAGUCCUCCUCCAUACACUCUGGCUGAACAGACUGCUGAGUAGGAGGAAGUCCUGUUAACUCACUUCUGCUCCCGAAAUAUGAUGCUGCCAUUCACCCAAGACGAAAAGCCAAAAGUAGAGCAGUGGAGGACGAACCAAGCUACAAACUCACAAAACUGCUGAGAGCAGUUUCUCCAAUCCUUUAGACUGGUUUUUAUCAUUAUGAUCAUUAUGAUCUACUGAAUAUUUGUAGUAGACAUUUUAAGCAAAGCCUUACACUAUGCUAUUUGCUUUCUAUAUGAGAGUGAGAUGAUAAGAUCAAUACAAUUUCAUAGGUAGACUAGCUUAGCAUAUACAGAAGGUAGAAGGCCAGUGGUUUCCUUCUGUCUUUUCUUAUCACACCUGAACAUACAUCAAUGUGAUAAGAACUACUAAAAUCACCGAAACCAACACCAACAUUUCCUUUCAUCUGUUGUUUGAAUUUUAAGUUGCAUCCAGCCACCAGGGGGUGAUCAAGAUGAAUUUGCUUUACUUUUGAUGAGCCGUCAUGUUGACCAUCUUUAUAUACAGUCGGUGGUACAAAUCAAUUGUUCGUAAGUGACUCACAAGUUAUUCAAGUACAUUUGUGGCAUUCACGUAUUGCUAACGUCAGCAUGCUAUCGUGUUCAUAAUGACAAUGCUAGCAUGUGUGUUACACAAUAUGAGGGUGACCAUCUUCGGUUUAGCAUGGUGGUAUACUAAAAUGUACUAAAAACCACUAAACACAAAGUACAUCUGAGGUUGUUAUAGGAACACUCACAGUAUAUCCUCAGGGAAUAUGAAUUUCUGAAUCAAAGUUUUGAUAGUCUUUGUUGAGACAUCUCAGCAGAAAACAGAAAAGUCAACAUUAACAUUAUGGUGGCGCUGAAUCCUCUGAUGAGCACGAAUGUUUGAACACGUUUCCAUGUUAAUCUUUAUUUUAUUCUAUUUUAACAGCAUUGAUCCAUGUUCCUAACAUUGUUUUAAAAAUACACAUAUAGCUACAUAUAGGCUUACCACAAAUUUGUCUUGCUGUGUACAGUCACUGUGCUCAGUUGUUCUAGAAUGAAAACUAUAAACUUUCUUUUUUACUUUGUAUUUGUUUUUGUUGAACAGAGGAGAUACAAGACAUUGAUUAGUGAACUGUGGAGAUGUGUUUAGUCGUAUUUUAGACAGAGGUAGGAAAGCUGUUUCCCCCUGCCGGCCAUGCUAGCUGGUGGCUCUGUAGCUUUAAUGUUGUCUUACAGAUAUGAGUAGUAUUAACCUUGUCAUCUAACGCUCAGCAAGAAAGCAAAGGAGGCUAUUUUCCAACAUGUCAAACUAUUCCUAUGUAUAAUUUAUGCUUUUGUUUUAAUGCUUUGUUUUUAUCCUGCAAAGUCAUUUUUGUUAAUAUUUUUUGAUUAAUUGCCUUACAAAUUCACUGACGCACCACCAUCAUUGCUGCAACCUUGUGCAACCAACAGGUCCGGACAAAGGCCACACACAAUGUCUGUGUCAUGGAUUCCGAUUCAAAGCCAAGUGUGUGGACACAAGCCCUGCCUGUCCGUGACUUAGUCACACUGCUCCAUUCUUCAGAAACUCCUCCAUAAGUGACAGCUGGAGAAAAUGCUGAUGUGUCAAUGAUAAAAAAAAAAGGUAUCGGUCGCCUGACAUGUGUGGAGGAUGAAAGAUUGCUGAAUAAGACCAAACGGAAUAUGAGAUGCUUGGAUUUCCGAUGUUGUCCUUCAUUUGGGAAACACCUAAUACAUAGGUGUGAGUGAGUUAACAGGUUUUUGAUAAUUGUUUUCAACAUGUUGGCUGCAUUACUUUUCUCCUAAAAUGUAUAUUUAUUUAUUUAUUUCCGUUUGCAUGUCUGCUGGAUUGCAUGUAGCAGAUCUGUGUGCAGUGCCUCCAGAACAUACAGUAUUACAAUCUAUUUAUAUUUACAUCAAGAUCAACUUAAUGUGAACUGUGAACAAUUAAUGUGGAUAUCUAAUCAUAUUUCAACUCAGGGCUCUCAGGGUUACAUUUUGUUUUGAAAUACAAUAUCCCAUGUAUAACAAGACCACCUAUUAAAGCUGCAUUCUUUAAUAAAAAUUAAUUUAGGGUUGAGUGUCUGGCAACAAUGUAUAGGUUUGAUCUUCACACUCUCAUUUUGGUCGCCACCAACUCCUGAGAUACCUGGUUCUUUGGCUGCUGUGUUCUAUGCUUUGCAGCUUUAUCUAUCUGCCAGACGCCCAAACAUUUACAAAACAAUUACACACAUAUUGAUUGGUGCAGAUUCAAAGCACUGAUGAUGUCACAGAAACGGUUUCAUGUUUAAAAGAAGCUUGUUUAUGAACAGUAUGCAACAAAUGUUUGAUAUUGAUCGAUAAUUGUAUGCUCUUUGUCAGCUUUGGGCAGCUCAGGUCUUGAUCUACAAUGACUCAGAUUGUGGCCAUUAGACUUUGUAUACACUGACCAGUUGUUUGUUGUCGGGCCACUAACUGCUAAAAGUUAUAUUUCAUGUGUUGUAUGCUACAGAAAAAUAAAUUAUUUUAACUGAA